AUGGCAAGAAAAAAUUGUUUGAUAAAAAAUUUGGAAGCUAUUGAAACUCUUGGUUCAAUAAAAGUUAUUUGUGCUGAUAAAACAGGAACAUUAACACAAAAUCAAAUGUCUGUUGCACAUGUGUGGUUCAAUAAUCAUAUUAUUGAUUGUGAUAUUGAUACUUUUCAACCACAAUCAAAUUAUAUAGCAUAUUCUCGUUGUUGGAAUGCAUUAGCACGAUGUGCCACUUUAUGUAAUACAGCUACAUUUAAAGAUAAUCCGAGUAAUCAUUUAAAAAAAAUCAAUUAUUCAACGAGAAUGUAA